CUUGCCUCCCCCGAGCCGUACGUCUUCUUCAAGCCAAAACUACGCAUCAUUUGAAUCAAUUGCCCGCACCCUCUGAGUUAAUCUGUUAGUUCCCAUCACUGUUUACUAUCCUAACAAUUCUACAAGUAGUUAUUUGUAGGAUUUGGUGUGUUCAAGUCUGGCUUACCUAAAGCGUUGAAUUCACCUUGAUAACAUAUGCCUUUCUUUCCUUCUAAGAAAGAAAUGCCCACAACAAAAGGAAUGAACACACCAAAAGGCCACACUGGAUGUGACCUGCCUGUGUGACUUCUCUCCCCACUCGCCCCCAUUUUCCUCUGAAAUGCAGGAUUCAGUGUUUUUUUGUUUUUUCUUUUUGCCAGGUUGGAAUAUUCUGGAAUGAAGUAUUGGUUAGUAAGCACAGACCCAAAAGGUGAGACUUAAGUUGAAUCCUCUCUCUACCCGUGGCUAGUCGUAUGACCUUGGACAGGCCCUUGUCUUCCUGUGUUCUCCGUUUUCCAUCUGGAAAAGGAGGAGAGUGGAUUAGACUCUGAUGUCCUUCUCUAGAUGCCCGAUGGCCACCACCUUAUCAACCUUGGUAAUUGGUCCUGCCUCUCCAGGCCCAUCAAUAACAUAAAAUCGGUGUCUUGUAUGUUUCAGUUGCUUUAUUAAGUACUGUGUUUUUCUUGUUGCUGGUUUUAAAAGUUUUUGUAAAGAAAGGAAGAUUUUUGGUGUCUGGUCAUUGGCAGCAUGCUUCAAGUGGUUAAAAAACUUGUUGGCUAAGAUUGUUUUCUGCUGGCGUUGAGGAUGAUGUUGGCGUUUGUCAAUGACCCGGCAGCCCCCCCCACCCCCCCCCUGAGAGGUGGCCUGACUGGGAUCACACAGGUCUUCAGUGCGAGGAAUAAAAAUUCCUUGUUAUUCACGGAUAAGUCACUUACAUCGUUUGAACACCAUACGGAAUUGUCGCUGAAUUGGUUAUUUGAAUAUUCUAUGUUAAGGAGCCAACUUUCCUUUUUCUAGUCGAUGUUUAUUAAGUCCAUGCUCAGCAAUAACUGAUUUUUGUCUAAAAGUAGAGUAGUAGACUCUAGUUUUCCCAAACUUCCUAGGUUUCAGCCCAAACCUCCUGAAUCAAGGUUUCCAGGAGGGAGGCCUGGUUAUCCGAAUCUUGAACAAGUGCCCCAGGUGGUUCUUAUCCAGCAAAUUUGGGACACGGUGGACCAGGUGUUGCUCUUCAGAGUGGUUGGUGGCCAGGCCUUAUCCGCCUCAUCUGCGAGGGAGCGGUCAAGACGGGCAGCGUUUCUGGCCCCAGCUGAGGCCUGUCGCCUCGGAAUGUGCGUUUUAACGAGGUCCCCGGGGAUAUGAGGCGCCUGUCCUAAGCUCCAGAGAGCUGCCUUCCACGGAGCCCAGCAGAGGAGCAGACGAACAUGAAGUCCAAUCCUGCCAUCCAGGCUGCCAUUGACCUCACGGCAGGGGCCGCAGGGGGCACAGCCUGCGUCCUGACUGGGCAGCCCUUCGACACCAUGAAAGUGAAGAUGCAGACGUUCCCUGGCCUGUACAGGGGCCUGACCGACUGCUGCCUGAAGACCUACUCCCAGGUGGGCUUCCGGGGCUUCUACAGGGGGACCAGCCCGGCGCUGAUCGCCAACGUCGCCGAGAACUCGGUCCUCUUCAUGUGCUACGGCUUCUGCCAGCAGGUGGUGCGGAAAGUGGUUGGAUUGGACAAGCAGGCAAGGCUGAGUACAGUGUGGUCUGUUGUGAAGAGCAUCCUUAGAAAGGAUGGCCCCUUGGGCUUCUACCAUGGACUCUCGAGCACUUUACUUCGAGAAGUCCCCGGCUAUUUCUUCGUCUUCGGCGGCUAUGAACUGAGCCGAUCGUUUUUUGCAUCCGGGAGAUCAAAAGAUGACCUAGGCCCUGUCUCUUUGAUGGUAAGUGGCGGCAUUGGUGGCAUCUGCCUCUGGCUUGCUGUAUACCCAGUGGAUUGUGUAAAAUCCAGAAUUCAAGUUCUUUCCAUGUCUGGGAAACAGGCAGGAUUUCUCAGAACCUUUAUAAGUGUUGUGAGAAGUGAAGGAAUAACAGCCUUAUAUUCUGGCCUGAAACCUACCAUAAUCCGAGCGUUCCCUGCCAGUGGGGCACUGUUUUUGGCCUACGAACACAGCAGGAGGUUAAUGAUGAGCCAGUUGGAAGCUCACUGAAGUGUUCUGGUGAACCUGGAUCUGAGUGCAGGCAUUUGAGGACUACGUUCAUCUCAGGGUUUCCUGAAGCACAGGACCAGUGUGGAAAUACUUUGAUUUUGUGGGAAUUUUGUUUUGUCUUCCCUUCUUCUGCUUUAAAUCCUAAGCUUUAUGGAAGGAGCCCUAUUUUACAUCAUACGUUUCUGCUCAUAAUGGUACUGAAAUAGGAAAGUUACUGCUCUUCUCCUUGGUGGGACACGGGGUGAGCUGCUGGCCCUCUGUGCCUAAUCUGAAAGGCUGGAUAUAGUUGUACGAGGGCUUUUGCACGACCGUGUGUGUGUACACGCAGCCUGGACGGUUAUGAGUUGUGAGUGAAGCACAACUUGGUUCCCUGUUUAACCUCAAAUCUCACCAGAAAAACCCAGAGGUGUAACUGUGUUUCACAAAGAUGGUUAUAAGUGAUGGCUUAACCCACUCUC